AUGAGUCAUAUUAAGCCAGUAAUUAAACUAAAGGGAAUCGAGCAAAUAUGGAAGAAUUCGACUGAUAUCCUUUCUUUCGAAGAAACGUCAAUAAUACAAAAGUCUCUCAAACACAUGUCUAAUGAAAUUAAAGAGCUUAAGGAAUGCAAACAAAGUUUAUCUAAUUCUGAAGUUCUUGAUAUUUACAAAAGAUUUGGAGAUCUUAUAAACUGCUUUGCUACACAUUUUGACUUUAAUAGAGUAAAGAUCUUAUCUCAGAGAAGAAGUAUUGCAAAGUACUCCUAUCAUAUUCUGAUAUGUAUCAUUAAUAUUAUUGAGGAUAGGUCUAUUCAACUUGACAAAGAAAGCUUAAUAAAAAGUUGUCAAAUAUGUUUAAACUACUACUUUCCAUCCAAAGCGAUCAAAACAAUUGAAUCUAAUUCAUGUAAAACAGAAUUUGGUCUAAAUGGAACUAUUGAAAAAACUGAUUCCAAGAGAAGCCUGGAUUUUUAUAAUACCCCACCAAGAAACUCUCAUACUACGGAUAUUUCGAACUUUUUCCCAAAUCCAAGUCCAUUUAAUUUAUCUUUAAAAUCGCCAUUAUCAUCACAAAAUCCAAACUACUAUCAAUCUGUUACAAGAUACAGUUCCUCAGAAAACUGUCUUUCUGAUUAUUCAAAUUUACAAAUUCAAUAUAAUCAAGAAGAAUCUUUUAACUGCGAAUCUGAGUUCUUUCCAAGUGAAUUCCAGUUCCCAAUGCCAAUAGAGGAGGCCAAAAGAAGGCUUAGAGAAAAGCUUUUGAGAAAGGAAAUGUCUGAAAUUAAAAAGUUAAAGAGUUUGGAAUCCAACCAACAAACUGAAUAUAGUAAUUUAAAUUCUCCUCUAAAAAACAAAUCACUUGUUCAUUCGUGGGGAACCGAACAAAGUGAUAAGUCUGAUUUACAUAUUGAAGAUCUUGUUGCUCCUUCUAUUAAUCGACAUAAAAACAGUAAAAUUUUCAGUUUUGGACAAAAUCUUCAAUUUCAGGCAGAUUUAUGGGAAUCUACGAAAGUAGCUGCUCAAUUGGCCGAAACAUUGCCUGAGCCUUAUAGAACUCGUAGAAUAAGAAGAGAAAUAUACCAACAAAGUAUAGAAAGAUCUGUUGAACUUUUAAAAAGCUUAGAGAUCUGUAAUAAUUUUAGACCAGGUGUUCUCACAAAAACUAUGAUUCAUACUAUAGAACGUAUUAUAGAUUAUUGA